AUGGAUAGCUUAAUUGGCUCAGGAUUCAAUCCAUACUUUACAGAAAAGAAGGGUCCCACCAUCACUCAUCUGUUCUAUGCUGAUGACACCAUACUAUUCUCAUCCUGCGACUCAUUAUCAUUAAAUAUGAUGAUGGACAAGUUGAGGCUCUAUAAACAAGUUUCAGGACAGCUGUUGAAUAAAGAAAAGUCUGGAUUCUAUACUUCUGUUCAGGAUGAUGAUCCUAGGAUAUCUGAAAUUCAAAGGAUCACUGGCUUCCCUAAUUGUCCAUUUCCUAUACAGACUCAAAAGACAAUGUUGAAAGAAUUCCUGGAGGCUAAAUAUUGCAAGAGGUCUCACCCUUUGGCAAACAAAUGGGCUUAUGGUUAG